AUGCUUUCAACCGAUCCAGGAGGAAGAAUAUGCUUGAUGAGACCAUUGGGAGUGAUUCUCCACCCAAACGCCGUGAUCUUGGGGUCACCUUUCUUGCUACCGUCAGCGAAAACGACGGUAGCUAUCUCACUGGAGAGAGCCUUACGUUCUUCCGAUGCUGACCUGGCACUGGCUGCCUCCGCCAUCGUGACAGCGGCGUUGAUUGACGCUGGAGAGAAGACUGAAGUUAGAGUGACGUGCUUCGGAAGCUAUUACUUUACCAGUGAGGAACCUGAAAGUGCAUAUAUGUGGCUAGAUCUAUGCGUUGAAGUGAAUAAUGAAUAUGUAGAGCAUAAAUAA